UCCUAAAACCUAAUUCUACUUGUCCAACCCAAUUUAUCACUGAUCAGGCCAACCGUGGUGAGAUCCGACAUGCCAUGCACAAGGAGCGGCCCAAAUGGUGCAAUCAUAUAUCCAUGAGAGUCCAUGGGAGACCUUGGUGGGCUAGGAUUAUUCCUUUCCACUGAACUAUAUCUCCCUCUAAGUCCCCACUUCUUCCCUAGCUUUAGUUUCACUCAAGUGUGGGGAACCUUAGAGAAUUGAUGAUAAGAGUUAUUUAGAAUUUUUUUUUUUAUGGUACGUGAUGUUUGGAUUGAUUGUUUGUACAUAUUGUACUACUUGUUUUGAAGGAUACCUUACAAGACUAAGGGAAUGACGCGUGGAGAGAGUUCUUCCAACAUGGAAAGUUCUCAAACUUCUCAUCCUCACCACAACCAUUGGAAGCAGAAAAGCAAAUCCGGAUCAAAAGAAAUAGUUGUUGAAGAACCGAAUCCACCAUCACUCUCUCCAUCUAACAAGGGAAAGAAAUUAAUCAAGAAAGUCAAGCCAAUGUUAGAGCGGCAUGGAGUAUCUUACUCAUUUUUAUUUGGGCAGUGUCCCCGAUCAAUUUAAGACCAACCUUUUUUGGCUUCAAGUAUUCAGCUGGAUACUCUUUGCACAGCUUGGGAUCGAGGAUGCAAUUCGUUCCAAGAUUCAGAAGUUGGAGCGGCUUAAAUUGUCAUUCAUUCAAGAGAACAUCUACAAGAUACUUGUUCUGGAAUUCAUUACCACUCUUAUUAUUCAAGAUAUGCGAGGUGUUGCCGACCUUCAAGACAACAUCCAAUUCAAACUAGGAGGAGAACACCGUCAAAUGUCGAUUUGGGAGUUUACAAGAGCCAUGGAUAUUUACCUAGCAAACUUCGUUGACUCACCGGAAGCUUUUGCCACCGUGGCAAGGGAAUUCGACUUCCCAUGUUUCAAGGCUUUCUAUGAAUCUGAAGUCAAGAAGUUCAACAAUCGACCUUGGGAUGUCAAGAUAUCGAAGGCUAGUGAGGUGAAACCGGAGUGGCGAUUAAUCCACCAUGUGAUUGCUAGGUCCGUGGGUGGAAAUAAUCGAAGCAAGGGCAAUUUGACUGGCCGAGACUUCAUUUUAUUCCAAAGCAUGCAUCUUCCUCAAUCGCUUCACCUCGUUUUGGCAAUUCUAUCCAUCUUCAAGCGAUAUGAAACGAACCGUCGACUCACUACCCUUCAUGGAGGAGCUUAUGUCACUCGACUUGCAAAGUAUUUUGAUGUCGACUUCUUGGUCGUGCAAUUUCGGCUGGAUAGUAGGACUACUCCUAUAUCCUUUGAUAUCUUAAAAUCCAGAAUUAUAGUGUUACAUUUGAGUGACAAUGGCAUUUGGGGAGUGCGUGGACUUCCAUUUCCAACCACUAACACAUUGGAUAUGGAUGGUAUGGUGUUCCGUCUUCUGGAAGCCACGACGGUAAGAGGAUGAAGAGGGCUAGUCAAUGAGGAAAAAAAGUUUGAAAGCAUGUACGAGGGAGGAGAGGUACAUAUAUCCAAUUCUCAUCCGGUUCCCCCACCACUCUACCCUGCAAGGGAUCUAUUCGAAGUGAUGAUAGCGGCAAUCCUUAACAAUCAAACGAGGGAGAGGAAGAGUGGCUCCAUAUCAUGGCAUGCAUCCAUGCUAUAAUGAAGAAGAUGGAUAUUCCGAUUGCGGAUGUAUUGCCCCAAUUUGUUCACUCACCUUCCCCUUUGCCAUUCUAAGAAGAAGAAGAAGAAGAAGAAGAAGAAGGCAUCCAAGGCCUAAGUUCUAUCUUUUCUUUUUCUUUGCUCUUCUUUUCUUUUCUUUUCUUUAAACAAAGUUUAAUUAUUGCU